GUUCCCACGGAUAGUACUUCUAAGCCUACGCCCACAUUUGAAAAUUACGUGCUUCGGAUUUCACGGGCUGCGCUAGCAGAGCGUUGUGUAAUACGACACCGGUGGCAUGCUGGCGCGGCCUGAAGUUUCCUGCGCAGUGGUAGGUUGCCCCGUAGAGCUAGGCUGCACGACACAAGAAAAAGGAACUGUUGAAGACUUCCGAACGAAACCAAUGAAUACAAGGACAUUCAAGGUCGUCAGCCUGCUUUGGGCAGCGAUGGCCUUGUGUCUGCUUGUUGGUCAGACGGAGGGAAUAGUAUGUUCACCUGGCGUCUGCGAGCAAGAGACGUGUGAACCCAUUGACGAAUCUACCUGCGACGGAAUUGUGAAACCACGAGCAACUUUCUGCCAGUGUUGUCCGGCUUGCAUCAGACUUCUCCGGGAAAACGACUCCUGCUUCAGUCUUCUGCUCAGCGGAGGAGGGCCACCAAAGGCAGAAUGUGGCAAGGGCCUAUACUGUGAUCCCAGUACAACAAAGUGUGUUCCUCUGCAAGCAGCGUGAUUUCAAUACCUUGCAGUUUUGUUAGUGACCAACGCAGUAGCAAUAUGGCUAUCGUUUAGCAUCGAAUGUUCAACGAAACAAAUGAUGAAAAACUAAUAAAGUUCUUCUGUUCCCUGUG